CAACGCGGUUGAAGAAUGGAUUCAUAUGCUUCCACUAAGUGCUCCCAGGGAUGGAGAGUGGUGUCAGCGCCUGGGCCCCAGCCCGCACCCCGAGGUGGCUCCAAGGCCGCAGGUGUGAGGGGCGGGUCCAUGGCUCGGCCCGCGCCGCCUCAUGUGACCCGGUCCGACAUGGUGUCACCUCCUCUGGGGGUGGCGGCGGCGGUGGCGCGGGUUCAGCUGCGCGUCGGGCCGGCCCCGCGGCCGCUUAUGGGCAGCCAAGGCCGCUCAGCGCCCCCCGGGAACGACGGGCCCGGCGAGGGCGGGGAGGCGAGGAAACUGCAGGAAGGGAGGGUCGCGAGGGGGAAGCGUAGGAAGGGGAAGGGGAAAGGGAAAGGCAGCGCAGGGCCAAGCGGAAGAGGAAGCGGGGUGGAAGGGAAGCCGGAGCUGCAGAAGGCGAAAGAGGCAACUGGGUCGGGGGCUGAGGCGCUAGCGGAGACGGGCCCGGGGGAGGAAGGAGAGGGAGGCGGAAGAGUGGAGGAAGGGACGAGAGGCAUCGUAAAGGGAGAUGAGGGGAGUGCAGGGAGAGAAAAGGAGGCACAAGGAAGAGACGAUGGAAAGAGGGAGGAAUACAGGGUCAGGUUGGGGCGGCGGGAGGACGCUAGGCCGGGGAGAAGACAGGGACGGGCGGGCCAGGCUUGGGGCGGCACCGAAGGGACAGGGGCGGCCAUGGCGGCGGCUGAGGAGGCGGCGGUGGCUCGGGAGUCGGCCGCGCGGCCGGCCGCGGGACCAGCGCUCUGGCGUCUGCCGGAGGAGCUGCUGCUGCUCAUCUGCUCCUACCUGGACAUGCGAGCCCUCGGCCGCCUGGCCCAGGUGUGCCGCUGGUUGCGGCACUUCACCAGCUGCGAUCUGCUCUGGCGCCGGAUAGCCCGGGCCUCGCUCAACUCCGGCUUCACGCGGCUCGGCACCGACCUGAUGACCGGUGUGCCUGUGAAGGAUCGGGUGAAAGUAUCUCAGAAUUGGAGGCUGGGGCGCUGCAGAGAGGGUAUUCUGCUGAAGUGGAAAUGCAGUCAGAUGCCAUGGAUGGUGCUGGAGGAUGAUUCUCUGUACAUAUCCCAGGCUAAUUUCAUCCUGGCCUACCAGUUUCACCCAGAUGGUGCCAGCUUGAACCGUCGGCCUCUAGGAGUCUUCGCUGGGCAUGACGAGGAUGUCUGCCACUUUGUGCUGGCCAACUCACAUAUUAUCAGUGCAGGAGGAGAUGGGAAGAUUGGCAUUCAUAAGAUUCACAGCACCUUCACUGUCAAGUACUCAGCUCACGAACAGGAGGUGAACUGUGUGGAUUGUAAAGAGGGCAUCAUUGUGAGUGGCUCCAGGGACAAGACAGCCAAGGUGUGGCCUUUGGCCUCAGGCCAGCUGGGGCAGUGCUUACACACCAUCCAGACUGAAGAUCGAGUCUGGUCCAUUGCUAUCAGCCCAUUACUCAGCUCUUUUGUGACAGGGACAGCUUGUUGUGGGCACUUCUCACCCCUGAGAAUUUGGGACCUCAACAGUGGGCAACUGGUGACACACCUGGGCAGUGAUUUUCCUCCAGGGGCUGGGGUGCUGGACGUCAUGUAUGAGUCCCCUUCCACGUUGCUGUCCUGUGGCUAUGACACCUAUGUGCGCUACUGGGACCUCCGCACCAGUGUCCGGAAAUGUGUCAUGGAGUGGGAAGAGCCACACGACAGCACCUUGUACUGCCUUCAGACAGAUGGUAACCACCUGCUGGCCACAGGUUCUUCCUACUAUGGGGUGGUGCGGCUGUGGGACCGGCGCCAAAGGGCCUGCCUGCAUGCCUUCCCGCUGACAUCGACCCCCCUCAGCAGUCCUGUGUACUGCCUGCGUCUCACCACCAAGCAUCUCUAUGCUGCACUGUCUUAUAACCUCCACGUCCUGGAUUUUCAUAACCUGUGACCAUCAGGCCACCCCUGCCUGUCAGCUAAGGAAGCCAGCUACUCAGAGACCACUCUUGUCUGAAAAGUGCAGUGAUAGCUCUUCUCCAUUGCCCCCACUGUGCUCCUAGACUUAUGAAUCAGUGCUUGGGUACCUUAAACUAGAGGCUUCUGAGUCUUGGGGCUUUGGCGUAGACCCAGAGAUGUAGUCCCUCCCACGAAUGUGGAAAGACAAGCCUGCUGCUUUGGGAAAGUGCAGUUGAACCUGGGCCUUGUGUCUGUUUGACCAGAGUAAGAAUCUCUCCCCCUCCUUUGACAGCCUACAGAGUAAGGUUAGGUGCUCCUUCCUUCAUGCUUGGAGCCUUAAUGCCUCUUCCCAGGAGAGGUGAGGCUGCCAAUACCUGCCUGCUAGCAUUGGCCACCUCAGUCUCAGUCAAACCCUACCCUUGACCAACCUCCCAGGGCUGAGAGUUCAUUCCUGGGCCACUGUAGACUGGUUUUGCUUUGAAACCAGAAAGGACUAAAGGGAACCCAGCAGUUCUGAGUGAGUUCUGAGCCAGCCCUGCCUCAGGCUGGCUGUUGAGACAUGCUACAACUUUUCAUUUUUGUAAAAAAUAAAGCUUGAUUCUUCA